AUGACGUUAAUGGAGCUGCAGAACGGCCUCUGUAAAAGCAUGGAGAACAGUACGUUAAUGAGAGUGAGCAGAAUUCUGUACCGGAAUCCGAUUGUAGUUUUUGGUGGUCUAAUACAGUUUGAUGCCAUGCCGAUCACUGAUGAAGCGAGUAUGCAGAACAUGUUUCAAAUUCACCGGCAAACUCAGAUGCGACACCCACAGAUUGAGGUGUACGUUGAGUUUGAAACUGUAGAGGCAGUGGCAGUUCAGAAUGAUACAGAUAUACAUGAUGAUAGAGGUGCAGUGUACGAAGGAAUGAAUAGUGACAGCGAAGAGGACUUCGAAGCCACUUAUGAGGCCGGAAUAUACAAACAUAGUGUUGUCUUUACCGUACCGGACCGGACCGGAUCGAACCGGAUCGGACCAGACCGGACUAGACCGGACCGGACCGGCCGGUUCGACCGAAAAACUGGCGUUGCCGAUGCUGAGGACGAGGAGUUCUGGAUUGGAAUGGAAUACAGUUCUAGAAAGUCGGUCGUCGCAUCAAUUAGAAGUUUUACUAUUGCUAAAGGAGUUGACUAUGAGGUGUAUGAGUCUGAGCCACAGACGUUCUAUGCAAAAUGCAAGAUGUACGGGCGUGGAUGUGACUGGCUUAUCCGAGCUAGCUUGAUACGGAAAAAAGGGUGUUGGGAGAUACGAAGAUACAACGGUAGGCACACAUGCACGAUCGAAACGAUUUCACAAGAUCAUUUCAAGUUGGACUCAGAUACAGUUGCUGAGGCUAUAAGGCCAUGGUCGAGACGGAUCCGUCCAUCAAAGUGA